GGUUGCUAUUCGAUCUGUGGGAAGGAUGUCGAUUUACAGGAUAUAGCCUCAUUUUUUCUUUUGGUGUAGCUUUGCUGGGCGCAGUCUUUGUAAAAAGCACACACCCGCAGCCUUUAUUUUAUGAAGCAAAAAGCUGACACGCUUUUCACUUUCUUUUGUUUUUAUUAUACUUCCAAUCGACAAGCACCCGCAUUUUUUCUUCUAUUUGCAUUCAAAUAGCUCAUAACAUUACACAUUACCAAAUUCAACCCACCAUGAGUAAUCAGGCUGACCAACUCGCCACCGAGAUAUUCGGGCUUCUCCGCAGCAGUGACGUAUCCGACGUCCAGCAAAUUGUCCACAGCUUCAUUGGCAGCAAGCUAGCAGAGACCAUAAGCAGCAGCGGAUCCUCGGAGCAGCUGCUUAUUGCGCUUGUCGACGCCAGCCUCAACGAGAAGGUCAACCCAGGGACCUCGACAGCGCUUUUGGCUGAGAUUGUCGCUGUUGUAAGCAAGAACGAACAAAGCUUUGGCCAGAAUGUGCAGAAAAACGUCAUUCGCCACCUGCUGGGUCGAAUCCAACAGCGGUCGAUGGCCUACGAGAGCGUUAUUAUCGCCGCGCGCCUGGCUAUGGCGGCCAUUUUGGUUGCCGGCGAGAGCUGGGAGGAUGCAGCACGCGAGCUGCGCGAAAUUCGGUUUGAUCAGCUGCAAAAACCUGUUGACAUUGGGGCCAAGUUUGAAGUUUACGUGCGGGUCAUGGAGUAUUAUGUCAAAUCAGGGAACACGGAACAAGCGUUCCAGGCACUGACUCGUGCGGCCGCGGUUGCCCCCCUAGUAAACAACGCUGCGCAGAUAAUCUGGUACCGCAGUGUCCAGGCCGAAAUCUACAGCUUGACGCACAGGUAUAUUGACGCUGCCACUGCAUACCGCAACGUCAGCCAGUCGGACCUGAAGGACGUUUCUCAGCAGAGCAAGCUCUUGGAAUCAGCUAUCCAGUGCGCGGUCCUGGCGGAUGCCGGCCCGCAGAAGAUGCGCCUGUUGACUAGUCUGCACCGCGAGAAGCUGGCGUCCACGCUGCCGUCGUUCGGCAUCCUAGAGAACAUGGUUUUGAAGCGACUGGUCAGGCCGGCCAAGCUCGAGGAAUUCGGCAAGCGUGCACAGCUCCCACAGGACAAGGUAAGCAUUCUUGAGCAUGCCGUUCGCGAGCACAAUGUGUUUGUUCUGUCGUCGCUGUACACGAACAUGAAGUUUGAGAAUCUAGGCCGGUCUUUGGGCAUUGAUGCUGACGAGGCCGAGAUGACGUGCUCACGGAUGAUUGCGGAGGGCAGAAUGAAGGGCCGCAUCGACCAGAUUGACGGCGUCAUCACCUUUGAGGGCGCGCACGAGGUCGAGGAGGUUGCGGCCGCCAUAUCUUCGCUCAAGAGACAUGCCAAGGAGCAGCAGCCGCCGAUGCAUUUCCGCGAGACUGUUUCUGCCAAGUGGGACCUGCGGAUCGUUAACCUGUGCCAAUCCAUUGAGGAUGCUGUUGAUCUGCUGAUUGAGCGCCAUCCUGCGUACGCGAACACUCUGUUCCGGAGCAUCGAAUAAAUAAGGAAUUGUUUUUUAUUAAAAGUACUAUUACAAGCAUUGUAAUUAGCCUAAAAAAGAAGUCUUGGUAUGUCAUGUGUUUUUGCACGAAUAGUAACAUAUAUG